GUUAUGUUUGGUUAUUUUAAGUUCAUAUAAAUAUGUAAAAUAAGGAUUCAUAAGAUAUAAUAAUAUAAAUCCAGUAACGGAUAUCACAUAAGCAUAAUGAUAUAACCUAGUAAGGAAAAUAAUCUUAUUAAGUAUUAUAAAAGCCAACGAUAAUCCAACUUAUAAUUUGUUAAGUAAGAAUGUGCGAAAAAAACAUUAUUAUUUAAUAAAAAGCCACUAUAAAAUAUAAAAAUGCAUCUUAAAACACCGGUUCUCUUUUUUAAUGCUUCUCUUUCUUGAUCCAAAACGAAUAAUAAUGUAAAUGGCUUUUUACCGAGGUACGUUCAUCAUUUCCUGACACUUUAAUGUAGACAAUGGACAACAUGGUACGUUCAAAUUGCUCAUUGACCGAGUUAUUUAAUCUCUCUGGUUUUGCAGGAUGACUUAACCAGGACACUUGUACAACAGUGCCGUCAGUCUCAAACCACUGUCCAAAGAAUCAUCGAGACAGCAGGUGAAGACGAAGCCCUUCUGUUUGAAGCCUUGAAUGUGAACGACGAGCUCGUGAAAACACUGUCCAAGUACGAGGAGAUGAACAAGCCCUCAGCACCGCUAACCACACCAGAACCAGCCAUGAUUCCUGUUGCUGAAGAGCCUGAUGACUCUUCAGAUCAUGGGAAAGAAGAAUCUCUGAUUAGAAAACCAUCGAUUGCACGAGGUGGGGUCCAUGGAGGUGGUGGGAGUGGGGAUGACAUGAUGGAUGAUCUUGAUGAGAUGAUAUUUGGCAAGAAAAGCGGCGGUGAUGGUGAUUCUUCUUCAACUGAUGACCCGAAGAAGCAGCAGUCUUCGUCUAAAAGCGAUGAUCUCAUUCGAUUCUGAGAUGGUUUCUUUCCUGCGAAAACAAAACUCUUUUUUUAAUGAAUUUAUGAAGUUUAAUUGGUGAUUCGAAACGGUUUCAGUGUAAGUAAGUUGUGUUUAAGGAUCUCUCUGGACUUAUGUGGUAGGUUUUAUAAUGGAGGAGAUGUUUAUGACACAAAGAUUUCAAGUUUAUC